UUCCGGGCGUUCGGUUCGGUGCGAUUCCCAGCUCUUUUUUUCGGGAAAAGAAAAUCGCCAAAUUCUGAAUGGUAAUAAUAGUUUGUGGUUUUUCGGUGCGGUUUUGAAAUGUGAAAGUUUAGUGUUGACUGGGUUGCACCGAAGAUUGUGAAUAUCCUGCGCGUGAAGAAGCAAUAUGUGUGAUAGAAGCCACUGCCAACUUUCCUGGGUUCCAUUUGUGUGUUGAAAAUGUGUGAUAUUUUGACGAAGAAACUUCGUCGAGAUCUGUGCCACUAGGAAUUCAUAUCAUUCGAAUCAUUUCUUAAUCACUGGACACAAUCUCAAAAGAGACUGAUUAUAAGUGUAACAAGUGUGAUACCUUACCCAAUAAGAAUGUCCAGCACUCACAGUCAGCAAGCAACGGCAGACAGACAACUCCAGCUAUUGCUGGAAGACAACACCCGAAACGAAGACGACGAACCUUUGGGACCGGACCUGAACGACAAUGCCUACGCGCAGAUCAUGUCCGCAAUCCUGGCUUCGACUCGGCGAGCUUCGGAAAUCGAUCGCUGCCAGAAGCUGAAUCGCGUCAAUACCAACAAAACCCUGGACUGCAAGUUCGAUCGCCUGAUCUCCGAAGUCAGUGAUCUGAGGAGCGCCAUCGAGGAGAAGAUCGACGUCAUCAACCGGAAGAUGAAGCAGACGAACCGCCUGUUCCAGAUCAGUCAGGACUACGAAAAGCGAACGGCUAAAACCUGCGAAUUGGUUUUCAUGGGGAUUCCCUAUCGUCGAGGAGAGAAUCUCCGAGAUUACUUCGUGAAGAUCAGUCGAACGCUAGGCUUCGGCGAUCACGAGAUCCCCCUGGUCUACAUCCGGCGGAUUCUGAACAACCCAACGGGUUCCAGCGGUGGAGCGAAACUUCGAGUGCCUCACUACAGCCAAGCCAUUCUGGACAAUUUGAAGGUACGAUCCAAACCUCCGAUCCACCCGGCGCAGAAAACUCCCAACGAGUCGAUCAUCAUGGUACAGUUCGUGUUCAGGAAUGCCCGGUACGAGUUCUACCGACGGUAUCUGGACCAUAAGGCGCUGUGUUUGAGGGACAUCGGGAUGGAGAGUGGAUCGAGGAUUUUUGUGAAUGAAAACCUGACUCGCUCGAAUUUAGGGCUGAAGCAGGAAGCGAUGAAGAUGAAGCGGAACGGGAAGCUGAAAAAUGUUUUUACUGUCAAUGGACAGAUCUACGUGAAAAGGUCGAACGACCAUCGACCGGAGCUGGUGACCAGCACCGUGGACUUGCUGCUGAUGGACGACGGGAAAAUGAAAAGCAAUAAAGAAACCUACCCGCGCGUUCUGGAGCACAUCAUCCAUACGCAGCCGUACGUACUGAGCCAGGACUACAAGGAGAUCUUGAGCACCCUAGACGUCGUCGCCGAAGAUAGAGAGGUAUCGGUCCGGUCAAGCCUUUCGUCAUCGUUGAAGCGGAUAUGCGCCCGAUGCCUGGACCAGGAACAGAACAUCGUCGACAGCGACUACGGCCGCUGCGUGGUGGAAAAAGUGCUGAGCAUCACCGUGCGGUACCUGACCGAUGAACCGGGGGUCCGCUGUGGAGCGUUCGAGACGCUGAGUUUCCUGAUCGAGAGGGGCUUCCUGGACAAAGCCACCACGGAGGAAGUGGUUUGCCCGGUGGUGGAAAAGCUCAGCCGCAAACCGUUGGAAACGUUCGACGAGGAGCUGUACGCCAUCUUCAUCCAUCUCAUGGUCAAGAUCGUGCCGAUCGUUGGAUAUGCCAAAACCUACGAGCUGGUGUACGAUCGCUUCCUGGAGAUGUGCCGCUGUAAGGAGCACUUCGUUCGGCGGGAGUGUGCCUCCGCGUUUCCGGUUAUGUGCGAGGUGCUCGGAAACGAACUGUUUGAGAAGACCAUGCUGCCCGUGUUCAUGAGACUGUGCGACGAUGAGAUCUGGACGGUGAGGAGAGCUUGUGCCGAAGUGAUGCCCAUCAUGGCGCUGCUGUGCACCUUGGAAAAGCGUCGUAAGGUGUUGGUCCCGGCGAUGAAGAAGUUCAUGUUCGAUCCCAGUCAGUGGGUGAUCAUAGCUGCGUUAAAGAACCUCGGUCAGUUCCUGACCACCUUCACCCAGCUGCGCGUCCUCGGGCUCGCCUACAAUAGUAACCUGGACCUCACGCUAACCAAUGCAGCCGAUUGUAUGUCGCUCCAAAUGCUGGACACUCGGCGGGUGACGUACGGGAAUCAACCGUCGGCCGAUGUGCUGCGGAAAAACUUCGAGUGCUACGAGAAACGCUUCAAGGACUCGAUCCAACGGUACGCUCUGCUGUCGCUGGUCAAAUCCAACGAGGAACCGUGGAAGGCCCGAGGUGACGACAUGAUCAACGUCGAGGUGUACCUGUACUCGAUCGUCUACACCGAUCGUCGUUCGCAGCGGCUGUCGACGGGUUCAAACUCGGACGAUGGUGGUAUUUCUAAAAUUGCGGACUUUUCCUACAAAUACUACAUGCGGAAGUCGCUUUCUUCGACUACGCUGUGUUCACCGCCGCCAGUGCCCUUGCACCGAGGAACGCGAAACUACGACGAGAAGAAUCCGCUGAACCGCUUUUUGCGAUACUGUUCGCCCAUGAAGAACAACUUUGCGGAUGCGUUCGCCAAGCAGGGAAGUGGUGGAGCCGGAAGAGGAAGCGAUUCCGACGACUACCACGGAGGCUGGGGUCCGGAUGAUGACGACUAUUCUUCGCUGACCUUGAAGAUGAAGGUCUUCAAUAAUGAUCUCGAGGGAUUAGAUGCCGGUGGUGAUGGAGGGGGAGGGAGUGGUAUCGCCACUGGCGAGAAUGCCGAGGACAUCAGUAACCUUCCAGCACCGGAAAAUGAUGAUAUGAAAAAGUCUUCCUCUGAGCAGGGUCACUUCGAAGAGACCACUUCCGAUGACGAGUCCGUAGAUCAGAGCUUCAACUCACACCAAUUCUGGUACAUUAGCCCAGAGCUUCCACUGGAGCUGGACUUCAUCGACGAGGACACCGCCAGCACCACCCCCCAGGGCACCGAUAGCAGUGCCAAACGUUCGGACAUAAGCAAUAAUAACUCCGCUGCGACCACUGCCGCUCCUAUCGCCACGACCGAACUGGAAGACAACAAAAACAACAAUUCCAAGCUCAGUCUUUCGGUGACGCAGAAAACCUCGACUACCGCCGUUGUCGCCCAGGAGAACGACAGCGAUUCAUCCUACGGAAGCAUCAACAACAACUCGGAACCGGAACGGGAACGUCUCGACACGGACAUUGAUCGGUACUGUCCGGAGCUGAAUCGAUCCAAGCAGCAGCCCAAGUUGGACAAUGUACCGUCCGGGGUGGCUGCUCACGCCAUUGGCAAGGAGGGCGAACGGCUAAAGGACAUCAUCAAGUGGCAAAACGAGGAAGUGGAAUGGAACCUGCUGGAGGACUUCGUGCACAUGAAGAACAUCAACAAGGAGCUGUGCUUCGAGUGUGCGUACAGUUUUCCGGCGAUCGUUUUAACAUUUGGGGAAAAAUUCUGGCCCAUCCUGAGCAGUCACUUCUUCGCGCUGUGCAACGACAUCCAGAACUCGGUGCGCCGGACAAUGGCCGCCUCCAUUAGCCAAAUCGCGCUGAUCAUUGGCCGGGAACAGGCAACCCGCGAUCUGGUGGCCCCGUACACCGAGUUCCUGAUGGACUCGGACGAGAUCAAGAUCGAGGUGGUGAACACGUUGGCCGAGUUUCUCAAGGUCAUCGACGGCUGCGAACACGAGACGCUCAUGGAUCAGCUGAGUCUGUGCCUGCAGCCGCCGCUGAACAUGAUGAACUGGCGCUUCCGCGAGGCCGUUGCCCGCCAAAUCAUCCACCUGGUGCCGAUGCACACCAAGAUUCGGAAAGAGAACUGCCUCCUGUACCUGACCGGGCUCGCGAUGCGACUGAUGAUCGACAAGUACGACUUUGUGCGGAAGGCCGGCGUUCAUGCGUUUGUGGCGUGCUCCCGGGAGUUCCAAAAGAACGACUCUGUGUUCAAAUUCUUUACGGAAAACUUUGCUCAUAGUUCAAACUGGCGACGUCGCCAGACGUACAUUCUAGCGGCGGGACAGAUCCUCGAAAUGGAAACCAUCGAGGUGGAAAUAUUCCGCAAACACGUGCUCAAGAACGUCCUCAUGCUGGUCAACGACGUGGUGCCGAACGUGAGAAUACAAGUAGCCAAGUGCCUCAAGGACGUCAUUCUGCUGCAUGAGAGCUUCUCGCCGACCAGCCCGGACGCGGAUGCCAUCGAGCAGACGCUGACCAAGUUACGCGCCGAUCCGGAUCGUGACGUCCGGGGCCAUACCGAUGGCUACCUCAAUCCAGAGGAGGAUUCCGUAGCGGCCGGUGCCCCAGAGACGACCGCCAAUGCCUCCACGAUCGAUACCGCUUCGACAUCGUCCACUACGUCGACCUCCUCCCUGUCGCCACCCCCUUCAUCAACGGCGGCGACGACGACGCCUAUGGCCCACGACGGUUCCGACAACUACUCAAUAGAGGAAUUCGUUAUUCCGAGUCAAUCCGAUCUUGAUGCCAUGGGCGUAGCGAUCAAGCACAUCUUGACCAUGGAAGAAAUGAAAUUGAAAGAGUACGAGUUUUGAGCUUGGCUUCCACUGGGUGUCAGUAGCGGAAGUGGCCGAAGCGUCGCCGGCUAUCCGCUGUUGCGGCACUUGCUAGCAAAGGGACACAACAGCUAUCAUCAUCCACCUAAAUUCGUUUGCUAUUUUAUCCUAGUUGCAAUUGUAGUGUUUUCCUCUUUUAUUUUGUAACGAUCAAAGGCAUGAUCGUUGGACCGGCCGAUGGCCGAGAUUUGAUACGUCGAGUUCGAGAACAAUAUAUCAACUCGAUCGUAUCUUUCUACUUAGAGAUUUUUGUAUAGAGCCAACAACCUGGAAAAGUUUAUAAUUGACCAUUAGACGAGAGACACCUUUAUUAUUAGCUCGUAAAGAGGGCAAAUUAAGUAACAAAUCCUAUUUUAUAAUUACGGUACUGUCCGGCACGAAGUUUCAAAGAAAUAAAGCUUACUCGUUUUCCCUUUAUGUCCAUAAGCAAAAGUACAACUUUGAAGAUUAGCUAAGGCGUAAGAGUUGGUGGAGGAGGAGGAAGAGGGGGUGUUCAAUAGAAGCAUCAACGAAUAAAGUUCUAUAGGCCAAUUACACUCCCAUUACGACCAAGGCUUCAUAUUUUAAUAGACUGCUCUAUAGAAAUGACUUUCUUUUUCCACUCAUUACAUUCAAACAUUCAUACAAAAGACACACAGCACACAUACGUCGUACGUACAUGAGUAUCGCCGGCUGGUUUGAUGAGGUUGUUCAUGAAUCGCUUUAGUGAUAAACUUCUUUAGCUGACGAAGUAAAGUCAACCUCUCUAUCAGCAGCAACAUUGAAUGGGGAACAUAGGAAUAUCUUCCAAAAAUCUUCAAGUUGACCAAUGUUCAAAAUCGACUCACAUUCAAAAAGUAGAAGAGUUUCUGAGAACUUGUGCAAAAAUAUCGAAAAACAAAAAACUUAUAGCAAUUUCAAUAUUUUCUUGAGGCAAAAACAAAAUAUGUUGCCGAUAGAGGGGCAAAUCCCAUCAAGCCGGCCCGUUAGAGUAGUAAUUACACAAAUAAUACAAAGACAGUAUAGUUAAUUAAUUUACAAGAAAAGUUCAGUUACUCGACUUCAAUUAUAUUCAACAAAAACAGUAUCCAAUUGCUAUAUAAUAUAAAUAGGCAGUAGAGCGACUAUGUAAGCGACGCAAUUGACAAGACUCUACCACCCCUUAACAUAACAAAAAAAAACUAGCGAAAAGAAGAGAGAACAUUGUUCAAAAAGAGAUAUCCUAGAGUUCGACAAACUUCAGGAGUUUGAAAAGGAGCGAUGCGAGCACUCGAGUAGGAAGAGGCGCUACCGUCGUCGGAAGUGAAAACUUUUUGUACAUUUUAUAGGCAGACGUGGGCGCGCGCGCAGUGCUUCAGUAAUAGACCCCGCGCCAAACAAAGAGCGGGAGAGAUCGUAGAACAAUAAAUGCGAGUAUAGAAGAAUAGA